AUGUAUCUGAUUGCUGCGGUGUGCAUUGUGAUUAGCUUUUUUGAAGAAGUCGAUGGUUUCUGCCCUUCUCAAUGCACUUGCAUUUACCAUGGCAGGAGUGAUGGCACUGGAACAAGGUCUGUGCUGUGCAAUGAUCCUGAUAUGUUUGAGAUCCCUGUAAAUGUUCCUGUGGACACUGUCAAACUCCGGAUAGAAAAGACCGUCAUACGAAAGAUUCCGACAGAAGCUUUCUACUACUUGGUGGAUCUCAGAUACCUGUGGCUCACCUACAACUCUGUAGCAACCAUUGACACCAGCAGCUUUUAUAACUUAAAGCAGCUGCAUGAGCUGCGCCUGGAUGGGAAUUUGUUGUCAAGUUUCCCUUGGGAAUCUUUGGCUGAGAUGCCUAAUCUCCGAACCCUUGAUUUACACAACAACAAAGUGACCAGCAUUCCAGCUGAGGCUGGCAAGUACCUAAGAAAUCUUACUUACCUGGACAUAUCUAGCAACAGGUUAACCUCCUUGCCAUCAGACCUCAUGGACAUCUGGCUUGCUUUUUCUGAAACAGCAUCAAACAGAAACAUAGAUUCUGUAACACAGAGGCUCGUAUUAGGUUUGCAGGACAAUCCAUGGUAUUGCGACUGUCGGAUUUCCAAGCUCAUUGAAUUUUCAAAAAUUGUGGAUAAUGCUAUUGUGCUUCUCGAUCCUUUUGUGGCUUGCAGUGGACCUGAAAGCCUGGCUGGAAUCUUAUUUCAAAGAGCAGAGCUGGAACAAUGUUUGAAACCAUCUGUAAUGACUUCAGCCACAAAAAUCACCUCACCCCUGGGUAGCAAUGUUCUACUACGUUGUGAUGCGACUGGCUAUCCCACUCCACAACUCAUCUGGGUUAGGUCGGACAACUUAUUGGUGAACUAUACAGUUAUUCAAGAAAGCCCAGGGGAAGGGGUAAGAUGGUCCAUCCUUAGCUUGACAGGAAUUUCCUAUAAAGAUGCAGGGGACUACAGAUGUAAGGCAAAAAAUUUGGCUGGAAUGUCAGAAGCUUCCGUUACGGUUACUGUUGUUGGUGUUGUUACCACAACGGUGUCUCCACAAAAGUAUGGGAAAAAACCUGGAGCAGACCAGCAAAACACAACUCAGGAAGAGACCAAACCAGAGUCUUUAAAUGUGACCACCUUUUCUGCGACGAUAUUGCCUUCAACCACUUAUUCUCCUCCUACAACACUGGCUACCACUGAAAGGUCUACUACUGAGAGGACCACUGAUCAAAGCCAAUUGAAAUCCAUGCCAGAUGGAAAGAAGAAUUCCAAGACAUUUACCAAUGGAAGCAAAAAACAGCCUGUCGAUACCACGAAGAAGCGUGGUGGUACAUCACUGAGUGAAGCUGAACAAACUGACGUGGUAAAGAACCUUCGAGUAAUUCCUGAAACUGAUGAAAGAGUGACCUUAAUGUGGAAAACCGUCAAUGCCACAAGUAAUCCUGCUCUCACUGUGUUGUACUCAAAGUAUGGAGAGAAAGAUAUGCUGCCACUGAGCACAGAUCCAACUAAAAAUAAGGUCACCAUAGAUGGUUUGGAACGUGGUACCCAGUAUAUGGCCUGUGUCUGUCCCAAAGGAAUUCCACCCACAAAAGACCAAUGCAUUAUUUUUUCGACAGAUGGAAUGAGAAUGGAAGAAGAUUCUCAGAUUCCCAUUCUGCUGGUGGCUGGUGGCGUAGCUUGUGUGAUUAUUUUACCAAUAAUAUUUUUUUUGCUCUACAAAGUCUUAAUGCUUCACAGGAAACCCAAAUCUACCAGGGAAGCUGACCUGGAGAAAGAGACCUAUGUUAAAUUUGAAACCCUUUCUCUUAAACCACGAUCAGUUGGGGCAGGUGGAGAGCUGUGGGCUCGGCGGAACACUGAGGAGUCUGAAAGACUUUUGCUUUGCUCCAGAUCAAGUAUGGAUUCUCAGAUGACUUUCAAAAGUGAAGGUUUAAGGUCUGAAUAUUUCUGCUGA